CUCUCUCUAAGCCCACUUCUCCCUCCCUCCCUUCCAAUUACUUCCCUCAAUUGGACUCUCUCAAUAGAACCCUCACUUGCACCCUCGUCCUUCGCUUCCGCCGAUCCUUCGCACCCUCGUCCUUCGCUUCCGCCGCCCUCCCUCCGUCGUCCCUCGCUCUCUCAGUCAUCCUCACUUUGUCAAUCUCGCAAUUGGUUCACUCACGCUAUGGAAAUCGUUGCGUGAAAGUUACUCCAUCGAUGGCUGCUCAUAAUGAUGUUCUGUCGGUUGGUGGCUGGUGCAGUGCGCGAACAGCGGUGCGGUGGUGCCACGUUUUGCACCCUAAAUCUGAAAUCACCUCUUUCUCUCUCCUGCGAGUCAAGUUCCCCAAUUUCAAUAAUCGCGAAGAUAUACAGAUUCGAAGCUAUCUUGCUCUUACUCAAUGGUCCUUAUCUUGAGAAUGGACUGUUUUUUUGUAGCUGUUGUUAUCCGGAACCGUCCAGAUUUGAUGGACAAGCCUGUAGCAGUGUGCCAUUCUGAAAGUCCUAGAGGAACUGCUGAAAUCUCUUCCGCCAACUAUUCUGCUCGAGAUUAUGGGGUGAAAGCUGGAAUGUUUGUCAGAGAUGCAAAGGCUCGUUGUCCUCAUCUAGUAAUUGUACCUUACAAUUUUGAAGCUUAUGAGGAGGUUGCUGACCAGUUUUGCAACAUCUUGCAUAAACACUGCGAUGAAGUGCAGGCAGUAAGUUGUGAUGAAGCAUUCCUGGAUAUCACUGGUUCAGAUGUGACAGAUCCUGAGAUUUUAGUUUCAGAAAUAAGAAAAGAAAUCCUGGAAAGCACAUGUGGCACAGCUAGUGCAGGGAUUCUUUGCGCUUUACUUCUUUAUAUGAGUUCAAUGUAGAGUUCCCUUUGCCCUUGAAUAUGUUUUUAGAAAUAACUUUUCGUGCUUGACAGAGCGAACACUUUCUUUCGAGCCUGUGCAAGGAGGUUUCUUUGCGCUUGCAGGGGUGUGGUUUACAAGGGCGUACUUUUACACUAAAGAUUAAGAAGCGUAGAAAAGAUGCAAAGGAGCCUGUAAAAUACAUGGGGUGUGGAGAUUGUGAAAAUCUCAGUCACUCUAUGACAUUAUGUGCAGAUAAAUUUUUUUCAAUUUUGCUCUAGAAAAAUUUUGGUCAUCGCUGGAGUGAAUAUAUGAAUUUCAGGUUCCUGUUGCUACUGAUGAUGUGGACAUUCUCCAAAGGAUAACAAUACAGUUAUAUGGAUCAUUUCACAUAGGUCAGCUUGUAUUUGUGCUAUUUUAAGUUUUUAUUGCAAUGAUAAAUAUUGGCAGCUACUAGGGGAUAAUAAUUGAAGAGUAUGUGCUGUCUAAAAUUUGGAAUUUGCUGAUUCGUUCCCCAUUCUAAUGAUACCAAAAACAUUGAAGCAAAAUAUAUGUCAUCAUAUGGAUUGAGUUAUGACCUUGGUGUUCCAACUAGUAGUACAAUUCCUCAUAACUCAUAAGACCCCAGUGAGCAACAUACAGAAGUAUAUCAGACCCCAGUGAGCAAAGUUAAAAUAUUAUUUGUACCCCAGUGAGCAACAACUACUAAAUAUUAGAACUAUUUAGUUACUAGGAAAACGUUUUUUUUGCUACUGAGAUUUCAACAGUUAAGCUACUAGUGUAUAUCAGAGUUUUGAGUUUUGAGUUUGCAGAUUAUCUGAUUCAAAUAGUAUUUCUUUUUGCCAACUAUAGUCUCAUACUUGGAGAAACAAAUACAUCAAGAUAAUUUAAAUUCUUGAAGAUCUAAUAGCCAUUUUGCUACAUACAUAGAUUGAAAAGGAAAGAACUGAAAAUUUCGGCUUAGAAUAUGUCAUAAAAGUAAGAUAUAUGUCCAUGUGCCUUAAAUAUUUAUAGGAGCAGCUUUGUCACUAUAAUACGACUAUACGAGUUAUCUAAGAUUGUGUAAUUGCUAAUUAGGCUUUAGGUAUUAACGAGUCUUAGUAAUAUUGUAAAUGUCUCCUCAUUGCAUGACAUAUCCAAAUAGGGAAGAAAAAUGGCUUUAAAAGCUGUUCUCUGAUAUCCUAAUAAAGAGUUUCUUUUUCUAGUACAUGCCUCUAUUAUAGAUCUCUUGAUAUAAUGCUAUAGCACUAAUGUAUAAAGGAAUGAUGGAUAAGAUGUAAUCAUACGUGUACUAAGACUUAUUUACAUAUUAUAUUUGAUUUUAGUAA